AUGCAGAGUGGGGAGCUUUAUCAAGAAGAGGGAGUCAAGGACAUCGAGAAGGAAAUUGAGUUGGAGACCAAGGAAAAGAGAAACGGAAGAGAACAACAACACAAAGGGCGAGAAGAAGACAAGCAUAAAGGUAGGGAUAGAUAUAGUGAAGGAGAUAGAGAUAGACAUAGAGGAGGUAGAGAUAGAGAUGGGAGGGAGAGGCGAAGGGAAAGGUAUGAUAGAGAUGAGAGGCGUCGAGAUACACAUUAUAAUGAUGAUGGUGAUGACAGGGGAAGGCAUACAGAUCGAUACAAUAAGCAUAAGAGAGAUGGGUAUGAAGACGAUGGAGAUGUUAAGGAAGAUGGUGAUGAUAGGAGAGGUAAUAGGGAUCGGCGGAAUGGCCAGAACCAUUCGGAUGAGCCCAAAUUGUAUCAGGUUUAUAAGGGCAGGAUUUCCAGAGUGAUGGACACCGAUUGCUUUGUUCAGUUGAAUGAUUUAAGACGGAAUGAGAGUCUGGUUCAUGUUUCACAGAUGGCAACUCAGCGAAUUAGUAAUGCUAAGGAUGUGGUGAAGAGGGAUCAGGAAGUUUAUGUGAAGGUGAUUUCAAUUUCAGGUCAGAAGUUGAGCCUUUCGAUGAGGGAUGUUGAUCAAUAUACAGGGAAGGAUUUGCUCCCCUUUAAGUAUAGCUCAGAGGAUGAUGCUCUUAGGACGAACCCAUCUUUUUCAAAGGAUGGACCUGUGACUAGGACUGGUCUUUCUGGGAUUAGGAUUGUGGAAGAGGAUGAUGUUGGCCCAUCACACCGGCCAUUGAAGAGAAUGAGUUCGCCGGAGAAGUGGGAAGCCAAACAGUUGAUUGCCUUGGGUGUUUUGGGUGUUACAGAGUAUCCUAUGUAUGAUGAGUAA